GACCCGCUUCUGUGGCGACAAAAGAGCUGGCUUCCUGAAAGCUGUGGAGUGUGUAAAAAACGCAAUGACCAAGUGCAUGCAGUGGACUAUAUUGGGCCAAAUGAUAGGAGCUUUAGACUUCAAAAAGAUUCUGGAUAUGCAGUGUGCCGACAAAAACAUCAAGUACAACUGCCUGGGCCAGAUACAAGUUCCAGCUAAUCGGGCCGUUGUCCAUGGUUGCGUCAAGAAUACGGUUGAAGCUUUCAAGAAUGAGUCGUUCCACAGGCGAGUGUGCGAGAUUAACAAGAACAUCUGCAUUUGCCAGGAUGACUUUGUGAGGACAUGUGAUGCAUACACCGCUUGGGUUUACAAACAGUUCACAGAUCCUCUUUUGAGGAAAACUUGCGGUAGCUCUGUCAUUAUCGGGUGAAUUUGACAACGUGUCCCAAAUGAUCUGGAUAUUAAGAUGAUGUUUAAAUCUGCAUGUAUUCUUUUCAUUGGUGUCUCUGAUACCCUCAGAAUAAAGGAAAAAUCAUUAACAGUAUUUUAGAAAUGCCCGGAAUGACCGAUGAUUGCAGGGAAACUCGCAACAAAGAAGGAAAUUCUUUCUGGAAACAUCAAAUCUGAAUUGUCUGUUUUCUUUCGAGAGAUUAAAAUAUGAAUUGCAUUAUA